AUGACAGUCCAGGAACACGCGUUAGCGAUCUCCGACCUCCGGGACACGUGCGAUUCAACGAACCUAGAGUCGACGGCAAACUAUACGUCUUGCAACUGGAAAACAGCAUUUACAAACGCGUGGAACUGCCGCCCUGUACUGCCGCUGGUGGUGGUGGCAACGACCUGGGCGAUUUCAUCGAUAUCGAAGGAGCGGUCAACAACACUCGUGACUCUGAUGUCGGCGGUGAGUGGUAUCAAGUUCCGGGGUUUCCUACUCCAGGCACGGUGUCGGACGUGUACCAACCCAGUAAUACCAGUAGGCGCAUUUAGAACCAUCCGGGGGCAGCCACCCGGCAGAGUGAUGAACUGCUUCCACACAAUUGGUGCUGCAACCCAGCUGUCCAAUAUACCCAAGGACAAAGUUGUGAUCACUUGGACUCCUCCGGAUAAUUUUGACAAGGAAGUUCAUAUGAGAGUAACCUUCGUGGAGUCGAGGAUGUCAUACUGGGCAAAUGUGAUAUCUGAACCUAUCACGAGAAGCAACGGUCCACCAACAACAACACAAUCAACCACAACUGUAGCUACAACGACACAAGCAGCCACAACGACUGAAGCCACAACAAAACCAACCACAACGACUGAAGCUACAACAAAACCAACCACAACGACGGAAGCUAAAACUUCACAACUAACCACAACGACCGAGGCCACAACAAAACCAACCACGACGACCGAGGCCACAACAAAACCAACCACAACGACUGUAACAACAACUUCACAACUAACCACAACCACAACCACCGUAACUACACAACCAACCACAACGACUGAAGCUACAACUAGAACGCCAACUACAACGACUGAAGCUACAACUAGAACGCCAACCACAACGACUGAAGCUACAACUAGAACGCCAACUACAACGACUGAAGCUACAACUAGAACGCCAACCACAACGACUGAAGCUACAACUAGAACGCCAACCACAACGACUGAAGCUACAACUAGAACGCCAACUACAACGACUGAAGCUACAACAAGAACGCCAACCACAACGACUGAAGCUACAACUAGAACACCAACCACAACGACUGAAGCUACAACUAGAACGCCAACCACAACGACUGAAGCUACAACAAGAACGCCAACCACAACGACUGAAGCUACAACUAGAACGCCAACCACAACGACUGAAGCUACAACUAGAACGCCAACCACAACGACUGAAGCUACAACUAGAACGCCAACCACAACGACUGAAGCUACAACUAGAACACCAACCACAACGACUGAAGCUACAACUAGAACGCCAACCACAACGACUGAAGCUACAACAAGAACGCCAACCACAACGACUGAAGCUACAACUAGAACGCCAACCACAACGACUGAAGCUACAACUAGAACGCCAACCAUAACGACUGAAGCUACAACUAGAACGCCAACCACAACGACUGAAGCUACAACUAGAACGCCAACCACAACGACUGUAGCUUCCACAUCACAAUCAAGAACCACAGCUGUAACUACACCACCAACCACAACGGGCACUAUGCAACCAACAGCAACGAUAGAAGCUACAUCGACAACACCACCAACCACAAAUAUACCUACUACACAACCAAGAACACUGACUGAAACUACAACAGGAAUGGCAACAACCACACAGCUUACAACUACAACAACUACAACGUCAUCCACGGAAAAAAGAUCAACAACAGCAUCAACAGUUGCAUAUAUCACAGCCGCCAGUGUAUCAGUGGGCAUCAACCUCGUUACCAGUUCUCUUCCGGAGGAAAGACUGAGCUUGCCAGCUGGCUCCACACAGUCUUCCCAUCACCAGCAUGUAAACUCCCCAUGGAGUACAAUACCUUACCCUGUGACUACCAUGUGUUCGUCGUGUCCACAGUUUGGGUCAGCAGUGUGGAUAUCAGUAGCUGGUGUUGGUGUUGUGGUACUGGCGAAGUACCAGAUCGUUCAUUUGUUGUGGCAGUAA